AUGUCAGAUAAUGAUCGAUUACCUGCUGUUGACGAUAUUGUAUUAUCAGGCCGAAAUAAAGCUUACAAACUAAUAUCUGUUAUUGGUGAAGGAGGUUAUGGGAGUGUUUUUUUGGCAAGAUGUGAGAAUGACGAAAAAUCGGUGGCGUUAAAAGCCGAAAAAUUCAGCAAAACAGUAUUAAGAAUUGAAGUUGCUGUAUUGCAAAUAGCGAAUCAACGACAUUGUAAGCAUAUCUGCAAGAUGUAUGAUUAUGGUCAUGUGAAACAGGAAUUUAUGUUUAUUGUAAUGUCACUUCUUGGACCUGAUCUAAAUAAACUACGUAAUCGUCAGUCUAACAAACGUUUUACACUACGAACUUCAACUCGAAUAGCAAUACAAACAUUAAAUGCUAUCGAAGAAUUACAUCAAUGUGGUUUUCUUUCUCGUGAUAUUAAACCUAGCAAUUUUGCAAUUGGCAGUAAAGAUAAUCAUCAACAGCAUCAUUGUAUUUUCAUAUUUGAUUUUGGCCUCGCAAAACGUUACCUUAAUCGAAAUUUAGAAGUAUUACCAUCACGUGGUGAAGUGGGUUGGCGUGGUACAACACGAUAUGGUUCAUUAAAUGCUCAUCAUCGACAAGAUUUAUCACGACGUGAUGAUCUGGAAUCGUGGUUAUAUAUGAUGGUUGAACUUACGAAAGGAUCGCUUCCAUGGCAUUUGAUUACUGAUCGUUUGCUCGUAGAAAAAGCUAAAGAAGAUGCCCGUACAGUAACAAAAGAUGCAUUUUUCAACAAUUGUCCAUUACAAUAUGAUCAAAUAUUGCAAAUUAUUGAUAAAUUAGAAUUUGAUGAAACUCCGCCAUAUGCUAAUUUUUAUAAUAUUCUAAAUGAAAUAACAGAUGAAGAUGGUAUUGUAUUAGCGAUGCGAGAUGAUUGGGAUGAUAGCAUAUCAUCAGUAUCAUUUACUUCUAAUCCGAUUAGUUUUGAUCAUAGUCAAUCAAACAGUCAUAAGGCUGAAAAUAUUGGACAAGACUAUCCAUCACGUGAUCAUUUACCAGUUCAAUAG